AUGGAGCCCUUGAAGCCUCUUCCCAAUCCACCGAAAUCGGCAAAGAGUAUGGGAUCGCCUAAUAAAACAAAGUCUAAGUCCAGCGUUCCUGAUGAGGAUGAUGACUUUGAGUUCUUCCACGAGUUUGAACGUGAUAAAGUGAAGGACCUGAUUCACAACAUCACUCUGGAAAUAAAGAAAACGGGUAUUGAUAUCGAAUAUCUUUUCCUUCCUUUUCGUCCCGAGCAGACAAAUGAAAAGUUAUUAAAGUUUUUGAAUUCAAUAUUUCCUCUAGGGAAUGGAUCAACUGUUUCACGAGACAAGCAAGUAAAGAUUAUAAGCAAAACAGAUCCUUGGACUAUCUUUCAAGCACUAAAGUAUAUUUGGAGUAGGCUGCCAAAUGGUGAGGUAAUUGGAUGGGAAGCAUAUAAAGCAUUCAAGACUAAAGAGGAAAAAGAUGGAUAUUCAAAUAGAUCAUUUCUCGAUUUGAUGCCCAAAUGUCUUUCGUCUCCAGACCAUGCCUCUAUUGUUUAUGACUUUUUUGAUUUGAUUGUAACCAUGGCAUCUAAUUCGAAACAUAAUAAAAUGAGUGCUCGUAAGAUAUCCAAGAUGUUCGGGAUUUGGGCGUUCGGGAAGGAGCACUCUACAAAAAGCGCCGAUUAUGAUUUUGAUCAACUUAGUAAUCAAGACAAUAAUUCAUUCACUGAAGGAUUGGAUCAGUGGCUACCUGCAUCUGAUGCCAUGUUCCACCUUCUACUCUCGUUCAUCAGAAGCUUUGUUCCAAACGAUUUAAAAAGUGCAAAUAUUCCACUAGUACUAAAGAGCAUUUUAUUCAAUAAUGAAUAUCCACCCAAAGAGUCAACGGCAUAUUCCUCAGAGACAAUACUUACAGUGCCUCUUGUUAGCUUGAAAACCACUACAUUUUCGAAGAAACCUUGGCAACUAGUUGAAAGAUGCAAUGAGCUAUUCGAUUUUUCUGAUUAUGAUGCUUUCAAAGCUCGCGAAGAUUAUGCACUGCUAAAGUCAUUGUUCAAGAAAAAGAAUAAUAUUGAGGGAAUAAGUCAUAAGAUGUCUCAUGAAUCCAAAAGACUGAUGAAGGCAAUGUCAACCAAGCAUUCAACAUUCCAGGCGGGUUGGGCAAAAAGGAAGUGCCUGCCGUCGGAGCAUAAAAAUACCAAGAAGUCGGAGUACCUCGAAAUGAAAAGGGUUGAGAUUGACGAUUAUUUUAUUUGGGCAUGGCUGUCAACCUUAUCGUACGAGCAAACGUCUCAAAAAAGGAAAAUAUUCGGAAGGUCUUUGAUAUUGGAAUUUGAGUUCGACGGGUUCAAAAAGUGGGUUAUUUUGGAGGAAUGCGAUCUAAACCUUGAUAUGAAAAAGCAUCGCAAGAUGGAUACUGUAGACUUCAUUGACAAAACAUCCGCAAUUCCGGAGAGAUCGAGCCUCAGAAAUAUUACACCGAUGUAUGAAAAAUUCCAAAGAGCAAGUUUGGAUACCGGGCGGGAGUCUGUACCGAAAAUCGGGCAAGAAUCUAACCAAUCUCCAGCGCUAGAGAAAGAGCCUUAUGCAUAUCACACUGUAAUUGAUCCUCACAAUUUUCAUCGUGACAAAAAUAAAGCAAACGUGAGUCUCCAUUCGAUAGAGCAGAAAAUUUCGAAGUGGAACCCUUUGAAUUCUAUCAGAAAGAGAAGCAGUGGCAGCAAUUCAUCUGGUAGUGCGGGUACGUCAUCGCUUCGUAUUAAUUCUUUUAGCCACGAUGAAGUCACGCCUAAGACCUUUUCGUCUGAUUCAACAGCAAGCAAAAUACCCAAUGUGUCUAAUAGACAACAACAUGAAAGCCGCGUUUUGAGUGACUAUAGCCUUUUGAAACCAGAAAAGUUUAAGUUACCUGCAAUCGAAAAGGAUGAUUUUAAAAUUGACUUGCCACAGCUGGAUCAAGAAGUAUCUGCGACUGAUUCUUGUCCAUUGGAUUCUCUUGACAAUCCUUCUAAAAAUCAUUCUCCGAUAAGGAACUCUCAAAUUGGGCUUGACUAUUCUUCAAGAAGCUUAUCUCCUGUAAGGGAUCCCAGAUUGUCAUAUCAUUCACCCGAAAGAUCUUCUCAUGAAGAUUUUCAGACUUCAUUCAGAAGUCGUUCGCCUGUGAGGGGACAAGGUAAAAGUUUCGAGGAAACUUCGCGAAAUCAAUCUCCAGUCAAAAGCGCAAAAAGCGGCAUAGAAGACUUGAAUGAAAUGGUUGACGAGCUCACACAGCAAGUUAUAAAUGUCGAUAAGAAGCUAGCAGAUUCGACCACAAGUCUUGUAACAAACGAAGAGACAUUUGAAUCCUUGACCAUGUUUGAUAGAUACAAAGACAAGCCUAAGAAUGAUCAGCUAGAUGAUGGUAGUCACACUGAUCUUUUUGCAAACAGCUCAGCAUCAAGCGUUAUCCAGCCACUUAAACUAGAGAACAAGACUGGUAUAUCUGAUUCGUUUUCCAAGCCCCUGCCCCAGAUGCCAUCUCAAGCUUCAGCUUCAAAAGAAUCCCUCCCAUCAGACACGUCUCAAAAAGUCCCCACACGUGAGCAGAGCCCUCGCAUGCCACGCGAAAACAGCAUUUCACCACAAUUAUCAAGACCUUCACCACCUGUUGAAGUGAUGUCUCAAACCUCUCUUCAAGUUUCAGCUGAACAACAUCAACGCACAAUACUGCCACCUUCCAUGGCAGGUAAUAAUGACGUUCCUUAUAUGAACUCUCGACAAUAUACUGAGGCUCCAUCGCAUAUUCCUGGUGGGAGAGUGCCGCAUCUCGAGCUACAGCACGAUCGAUCACCAAAUGUAGAUAUGGUGGCUUUUGUAAGGAAUGAUCCUCAAAAAUCUCAGCCUUUUACCUCACCUAGGAAUAGGCCUCUAUCUCCGCAACGUUAUGAAAACAGCCCCAGAAUCGUAGGUGAAAGGAAGCGGGAGAGUUUGGAAGCACCAGAAGUGGCUCAUCUUACCCAUUCUUCCUACAAAGGGGGCAAAUAUCGUACCAGCGGACCACCACAUCCUAUCAAGGCUAAUCAUGCAAGCUAUCCAGCAUCUCCCCCAUCUCGCAAUGGACAGGGCGGUAGCGAUGGAAAGAACGGCACUUUGAAUAAUGGCUCGCAUGAAAAUUCCUCGGUCGAUUAUGUCCAUCAAAAUCAGUUUAGCAGUGACAUUCGUCCUCCUCAAGAUUAUAACCGCAAUAAAGGAGUAAGUGGAUCACACUUACCCACGAACGCAGCAGUACCCCAUAAACCACAAACUAUUGGUCAUUCGACUGCGAUGAAAGCCGCCGAGCCGUCAGAUUACUCAUCACGUUCCCCAAAUCCUUCGUUUGAUCCUCAACCACAUGCUCCAAGUAUCUAUCAUGCGCAGCCACGAGAUACGGCGCGCGCUUAUGGCACGCCACAGCGCGGAGGGUAUAGCCAAGGACGUCCUACCCAGUGUCCACCAUACAGUAGAGUGCAACAAAACCCUCAGCAGUCAGCACAUCAGCCAUCACAACCAAUUUACCCAUACCCCCCGCAAGGUCAAUACCCUCCGCAAGGGCAAUACCCUCCGCAAGGACAAUACCCUCCACAAGGGCAAUACCCUCCACAAGGGCAAUACCCUCCACAAGGGCAAUACCCUCCGCAAGGGCAAUACCCUCCGCAAGGGCAAUACCCUCCGCAAGGGCAAUACCCUCCACAAGGGCAAUACCCUCCACAAGGGCAAUACCCUCCGCAAGGGCAAUAUCCCCCACCAUCAAUGCAUAAUCAAAACUUCAAGCCACCUGGUACACCAAUGGUACCCAACUCAGGAUACAAAAGGCCUGGCCAAAUGCAUGCUGCUGGCCCACAAAUUACUGCACCUGGCAUGCCACACACAAACAAGCUACAUGGAGGAAAUGCAAGUAAGAACAAGGACAGAAAAAUGCUGUACAAUACAAUCAAGAAUGGCGAUUUUGGUAUCUAA